AUGGCAGUGACAACUCGAUCGUCUGCGCGGCUGAGCCGAACAGGAGGGUCGCGCGAGCAUGGCGAGGCGCUCGAAACAUGCAGCACAUCCACAAAGAGGGCGCGACGCUGCUCGGAUCAGCCGCGAACCAAGAGGAGAAGGAGUUCAUCAAGCAUUCUUGCCAAGCAAGCUCCCUUUGGCGAUGCCGAACGCCAGACACGCGUCGCAUUGACGUGGCAGCAGCGUGAUCUUCUGCAACAAGAACGACCCGCUCGUAGACCAAGUCAAUCGAAGCGAUCCCACCACCAAUCCGGGUCGCUAGGCAAGGCGCUCCCCCUCGAAGAACACGCAGACGCACCGGAGCGGAGUGCGUCGCGCACCUACGCACCCGACAGCCGUCUUGAGCCAUGGACAAGCAACACACCAUCCGACGCCUACGCCGAACCGAGUUGUUUCCGCGCACCCCUCCCGCACUGCCUGCCCCACCCAACCUUCUCCCGCCCCACCGCCUCAAUCCGCGCACUGGCAACCGCACCCGCAUAG